AUGAUGACUGCCGUUGAAGGAAUCAAUAGCAGAUCCAUUACGGCUGUAGAAGAGAUGGAGCCGAAGAGCGUGGCCGGUCAGAUUGGGGAAGCGGGUGAACCGCCUCUAGCUGAGACACAGCCAGCAUCGAGCGCCGAGGCCAUAGUCGAGACCGUAUUGGAAGUGCCGCCCAGGACGCCAUUGCAGGACAAGAGCACAGUGGGUAGUCCACCUGGAUCGGACAGUCGUGAGGGUCUGCGGCGGACCACGCCAAAGAUCGCCAGCUUGAAGGCCACCUUCGAGCGGUCUCAAAGCGAGGGAUCCCUGAAAGGCACGCGCAAACUCGAAAAGAGCAAGAGCCCAAGUCGUAAUGGCGAGCACGACGCCGAAGCCCUCAGAGCCAAAGACGAGGAGAUUGCAAAGUUGAAAGACCUGCUGGAGAAAGAGACGGAGUUGAAACAGGCACUAGAGGACAAGUGCAAUGCACUGGAAGAAGAUGUCGAAAGACUGGAGUCUGAAUUGGAACAGCACGAUGGAGAUUGGCGGGCGGAGAUGGAUCAACAGAACAAGAAACUCGCGCUGGAAAGAGACAGAGCGCAAGAUGCAUUCGUGGAGAUCAAGCGGCAGCUCUUGGGCUUGAAGCGCAGCAUCUCAACGUCAACGCGCGUAGACAGCCAAUAUCCGGACUUGAGCUUCACUGCAGAAAUGCAAAACCUCUAUCAUGAAAUGCAGAACUGGGUCGUGAAUACUUUCCGCCGCAUGAAAAUGGAGCGUCCAGCUGAGGAAAUGCUCGCCAGCCUGGAAAGUGUUGUAGAGUCCAAACAUCUGGACUAUCUGCGUCCACUAUUUCGGGACUGGGAACCAGCGAACAAGCUUGCAGCGCUGCAGGCGGUGGUCGCUUGCUAUCUGAUGGAGGUAUGGAACGAUCCAUUACUUUUUGGCCUACCUGUCUGGCGAAAGGGCGUCAAGAAAGCCACGGAGACAAUGUCAGCGAUCCUGCCAAAUUCAUCUUAUGACAAGUGGCGAGCAGGAACUCUGGACACGAUCAAGCAGAAUGCCGAUAUCAAAGACGCUGUUAAUUCUGCUGCUAAAGCAUUGAGCGAAAUGAUCUGCAUAACCUUGACUUCGCUUACUGGAGCGGAAGAGUCUGCUGCUAUGAGCUCUUCACUGCACGCAAUCGUCAAGCGCGUCGUGUCUCUGUCGCACGUCUUUCGUGUGCAGCAUGCCCAAUACCAAUUUGUUCUACCCGAGCCUGGGUCGCCGUUCGAUCAAGCAAGGAUGGAUGAUACCUCCCUCGAAGCCACAUCUUCUUUCAAUGCGAUAACAUGCGCUGCUUUCCCUCUUGUGCUCAAACUGGGUCAUGGCUCUGGAGAGGAUGUCGAACCAACACGUGUCGUGGUCAAGGCUAAAGUCAUAUGCCGUCCAUGA